AUGAGCGAGAUAAAAGGCGACCCUGUAGUCGAAUCUUCGAAUUUACCCGAGCAGAUUGAAAAGAUUCUUGAUGGUUUCCGAGAGUCUAAAGCCACGUUUGCAGCUUGCGAUUUUGGGAUCUUCGACAAACUACACAAUUCAUCGUUGCCACAAUCGGCCAAAGAAAUCACAGAGAUGCUGUCCUCUGAUUUAGACGCCACUACACGACUCUUGGAUACCCUUGUUGCUUUGGAAUUCUUAGAAAAGUCGAAGCAGGGCGAUCAGUGGCUGUAUAAGAACACAGAAAUAGCUUCUAAGUUCUUGAUAACUUCAAGUCCUGAUUCUCAACUUGGCACAAUAAGUCUCUUUAACAAGAUGCUAUACCCUCUCUAUGGUAACUUAGAAAGUGCAGUCCUCGAUGGGAACAUUCAGUGGAUGAAGGCAUUUGGAAAGUCGCCUGAAGACAUAUUUCGGCAGGCAGUUAACAGCACCGAGGAAGACAGCUUACGAUUUAAUAAAGGAAUGCAUAGUACGGCCUUCCCUGCAAGCUAUGCGGUUGCUAAAGCCGUCGAUUUAAGUGCUUUUAACAACUGCUGUGAUUUAGGAGGUAGAUCAGAUUUAAAGCCAGAUUUGUUUCGUGUAGAGCAAGAAUUUUAUUGUUAUUUUAGACAACCUUAGUAAAAAUUAACAUUCUAAGCCACCGUGGUUCAUCAAAAUUUGUUGCAUGGUUAGCAGAGCGGAAAGGACGCUGGACCAGAGAACAGGGGGUUGUGGUUUAAUCUCGGGGGGGGGAGGGGUACUGCCAUAUAUGGGCUAUAUAGGUAUGUGCCGCUGUGAAGGGUAUGGUUUUCAAGCAGUUUACUCUAGGAUAGGGUAUAUAAAUCAGAGCGUUUGGGUCUAGAAUAGGGUAUCAUUUUUCAGGAAACUGAUCAGUUGGUUGAAGAUUUUAUCUAGUCCAGGGAUUGGGGUAUAAGGUUUUGUUUUGGCUAGACUACUGUGCUAGUGACCUCAGUAGUCUCUGGAAAACAGCUAAUCUAGGAUAGGGGGGAUUUGGGGAGUUUACUCUAGUAUAGGGUAGCAAAAUUCAGCUGAACUAGCUCUGGUAUAGGUUAAGGGUUCCAGGGUCCCAGCGGCACAUCCUCACCAAGAAAUUCGUAAAGUACCCCCCUGGGGGUUUAAUCCCGUGGGCGAUCUUAAAAUAACUGAGGGGGAAGGUACUGCCACAUUCUCGUUCCCAGAACCUCGAUCUUCUUGGUCAGCGUCGGGGAUCGAUCCCCGACGCUGACCAAAAGGAUCCAAGCUCUGGGAAAGAGAAUGGGUACCGCCAUUGCCCUUCAAAUAGCAAUUCGUUUUCGUAGUUGUUAGGAAUGAUUGUACUGUCUCCAGCGGGGGUCGUGCUCAACUAAUCGUGUCCCAGGGGCUUUGAGACUUGUGUUCAAUGUAUGAAAUUCUAAAUUAAGGCACAUAAUAUUUGUCCAUGUACAUACCACCCUGCAAAGGUAGCCACAGGUAGCUCAGGCUAUCGAUAAGAGAAGCAGCGGCAUCGAAUAAACCAUUCUCUGUCAACAUAAUUUCAAAAUUUCUAAUCAUUUUCUUUCAUAUUUCUUUCCAUGACAUAUCCAGGAGGAGUAGGAACUCUUGCCUAUGCUUUGUGUCAGUACAACCCUCGGAUGAAGAUCACAGUCUGUGAUUUGCAGCCUGUUGUAAGCUUAACUCAUCACUUCCGACCAUCAGUGAAAGAUUGUCCCAACCAAGCUAAUGUAUCCUUCGUAGUCGGUGAUUUCUUCAAGUCUGAAACGUUACCAAAGGCUGAUUUGUAUGUGCUGUCUCGCAUUCUCCAUGACUGGCCAGAAGAAAAAGUUGAAGUGAUUCUUGACAACGUCUUCAAUUGUUUACCCUCAGGUAAGACAGAAAAGACUGCAGCUUCCGCGUAGCACUUGUGCAGCGGAUCGUCGCAUUGCACCUUGUCCGCGCGCCAGGAUGCCAUUCAAACCCACCAGCAUUUAUUUUGGUUACCAGUUGUUCCGUAAAACGGAGCUUACUGAAAAACAAGAGCAAUAGCAUUUUUUCGUGCUAAAAAAUAUCAGAUUUAAAACACAUUUCUCUCAGAGAAACUUAAUAAUAGGUGGCACUACGUACUCGUAGACGCCAACACAAGGCCUGGCCAGGACCUUACUGAUCCUCUCCAUCAGGGUAACUACCUUUGGCUAACGUGAUAAAAUAAUUAGUUGCAUUUAAUUUUUUACAUUGACUGGGCGAUUUCUCGCCCGUGGAUUGGUCGAGAGCUAUUGUCGAUAACAGUACAGACCAUCGAACACUGUUGUCGAUUUGUUUGGUAACACUGAUCCGAAACAGGAGGUCCACGAAUUGCGAACUUCCGGCUUGUUAGUAGUCGUCGGAAGGAAACGAGAGGAAUAGUUUUAAACACAUUAGGAUGAGAGAACGAUGAUUCGUGCCAAGAACAUAAUGGUAGUAGCCCAAUUUUCAGAAGCCUCUGCUUAUAACUAACUUCAAACCGAUACGGCAAAGACAGAAUGAAUUUUGCUGCUCGCUGCUGAAUUCUUUCGAUGUCAUGGAUAAGAUUAACAGCUUGAGGAGCCCACACCUGCGAGCAAUAUGCGAGGUUGCUGCGAACUAGUGACAGGUAAAGUAACUUGCGAGCUCGCUAGUCAUGAGUGUCGAAAGUUAAUCUCCGGAGAAAGCCAAGCGUCCUCUUGGCCUUCGAACAAGCUGCCAACACUUGGGAGUUCCAUUGCAGAUUUUUAGUAACUAAACCCCCAAGGUACUUCUGAGCUUCCAUCGCCUUAACUUGGACAUCGGGUAAUUGACUGAUGCGGGCUAGCAUUUCUGUUAAUAGAAAGUAGCCCGCACUUGGAUUGAUUUAGAUCUAUUUGCAUGAGAUCACACCAUUGGUUAAUGUGGUCGAGGUCGCACUGUAGGCGGGCACCAUUCUCCAUGCUUUCGAUUGUCCGGUAGCACUUUGUGUCGUCAGCAAAGAGAGCAACAGAUGUUAAGGACGCCACGUAAGGAAGAUCAUUUACAUAUAUGUGGACCAAGUAUUGAUCCUUGCGGUACACCUGAAAACACAGGGAGGGAUUUAGAGUUGACCCCGAGAACGGUGACCCUUUGGACGCGGUCAGUAAGAUAGUCUUCGAACCAAGACAACAGGGUACCGCAGAUGCCGAAUCGGUGGAUCUUCUUGAGCAGUAGUUUGUGCUUAACCCUGUCGAAGGCUUUAGCGAAGUCAAGGCAGAUGGCAUCAACCUGCACUCACUUAUCUAGAUUUUCGACUAUGUUGUGAAGGACUUGAAGUAAAUGGGCCGUAAUGGAUUUGCCCUUAGGCCUUUCCCGAUUGCGCUCGUAAAAUCCUAGAAAAGUGCUGGCAAAAAUGGCUAAAAAGUGCUCAAAAUCUCAAAAUAGUGCUCAAAAAGUGCUAAAAGUUGUGAACAGUUACCUCUAAGCUUUUCGUAAUAUGUCAAUUUUUACUGAAGUAAUUAACGAUCUGUUUUGCGUAGUGUUAUUCGACAGGUUGUUACGAAAGGUUGAUAGAAUAUAGAACAAGCCUUGCCCUGAAAAUACGACUUAUGUGUUCCUCCAACGAGAUGUUCAAACUGCCUUGUAACGAAUUAACACAAGCACAAUACCUCAACAGACGUGGAUACAAUCUCAGUCUCCUCAACCAGGAGAUACAACGUGUUCAUACUAUCACACACAGUCACAAGCGACUCACCCAGACGUAUCCCUCUGGUUGUCGGAUACCACCCCGCCCCUUGCUCAAUAUCAUCUAUUUUUCACAAACACAUUUACAUUCUCUCAUCCUCCCAACUUUGUGCUACUUUGUUUAAAUAUAUACUUCUCGUUACCUUCUUACGUACUAACAAGCCAGAAGUCCGCUAAGUGGACUUCCCGUUCGGAACCAGACUUCUCGAUUAAUGUUAUGGUGUUAUACACUGUUCAAAGACAUUUUCUGCAAGAUCGUCAAGAACAAACCCUACAGGCGGCAUCUUGACCGUCUCUAGCUUGAACUGCUUAAAGGGAGGGGGAAGGUUUGGGAACCCCAAGGCCUGCCCUCUCGGUACAUUUGAAUCCAAUUACAAAAUGGCUGCCAGUGAAGGUGAGGACUGGAUCUCGACGAUCUUAUAGCUUAGGGAAAGAUAGUGGACUGUGAACAGUCUAUCAAUGUUAUAAUUGAUUGUAACUAAUUAUUUUAUCACGCUAGCCAAAGGGAGUUGUAAUAAAACAUUUCCUUAGGUUCCGUAGGUUCCGCCAUUUCCGCGGUCUGCCGUUCCUCAGAUUAGUCUUACCCUCUCCAUCAUAUCACCAGGUAGCAUGUUCUUCCAGGCGUUCAGAGAGUUGGAAGCGGCGCGAAGUAAAACGGGUCACGAAAAAAUGAAAACGAGGGAGGGAGAGAAAGGUGAUAGGGGAAACCUUCGAGCCGCUUCCAUGUAUCUGAAUGCCCGUUUGCGACUGUAAACAGCUCAGUUGUUUCACCCACGCCUCGGUUGAAGCUGUUGGGGUGAGCCAGCCUUAUUGGUCAGGCUGACCCGCUUUACCGGGCCUGCUCGGCUCAUGCCUUAUUUCCUCAUAAAUUGGCCGUUUUUAUGCUAGAGACGUUAACGUCGUCUAGCGUCUGAGACCUCAAAGUCGUCUGUUAAGUGCGUCGUUCGGACGCACUUAACAGAAGACGUUAAAGACGUCUAGCCUGCGAGCAAGCUCUCCUAUUUGGGCAAGCGAAGCGAGCCUCGCGAGAACGCGCGAGUGAGGGGCCGAAGAAAGGAGAGCUUGCAACCAUCCGUUACAAAUUUUCAUUUCCACCCCGGAAACCCCGGGACUCCGCAAAGCGUGAAAACUGUCACCGCAAACGUGCCGCAGAUUACAAAGUGACAACCGCCUGUCAAGUAGCGUAGAAUUAUUUAUUUAUAAAUCGCUUUCGCAACAGCAUCAAGGCAAUGUUUUUAAUCACUGAUAUGUUUUUUUUUUCACGGGGACAUCGAACUUCAACGUGUCCGCUCGGAUAAGAACUCACUACUUUGAUUCUUUACUUCGUUUACCUUUGAAAAGUCGUCCAUACUGCAGUGUAGAAGACUACUCCCCAUCGCAAUCACCAACAAAAAUUAUUUGUCCGUCUGGAACUGGAGAAUAGCGUUUUCCUGCACUUUGUUCUCUUAAGGUUUACUCCAGUUGCUUCCAACUCUUUCUCUUUUCCUUCUUUACGGUCAAGCUACACAGCUACACUGUCAAGUACAUGUUUCUGAAUUUUUCUACCCAGCAGAAUUCAAUCGGGCGAAGAAACCGAUGUUGGAAGACAGCGCUUUAAUCACUCUUCACUUUCACUCUCCCGGUUUUCAGAACUAAACAAGGCGCUUAACACAAAUGAAUACAACUGAUGAAGGGUUUUCAUUUUCCUUCCACAAGAACUACAAACUCGGUCCGACUUAUCCUCGGCAUGCAAUAUUCUCUUUGCGAGAAUUAACGAGCCCGUCUGCAUUGAGGGCUGAAACAAGUUCUCCGUACCAAUCUGAUCCCCCUGAGAACCAAAUUUGACACACAGACGAAGCGGGUGCCAGCUUGGCCUGUUAUCAAUCAACUUCGAUUUCCGGAACGUCAUUUUUCAGCCAAUGGUAUUUCCCUUCGUCUGGGCGAAGUACAAAUGAAAAUUUGUAAGGGAUGGUUGCAAGCUCUCCUUUCCUCUGCCCCUCGCGGCUUCGCCGCUCGCUCGCGCGUUCUCGCGAGACCCGUUUUACUCGCCCAAACAGGAGAGCUUGCUAGCAGGCUAAAGACGUCAGACGUUUAAUGCGUCUGUCUUAAUUACCAUUUUUAUACUAGACGUUAAAGCCGUCUUAAGACGACUUUAACGUCUCAAACGACUUUAACGUCUCUAGCAUAAAAACGGCCAUUGUCUUUGUGUUUAUAAGAGAUGACAAGCUGCCCCGCUUGCCGAGAUCCGGGUUCCUCGAGCCGACAUCGCGCCAUGAAGGCCACACUUUACUGGGUCAGCCCAGUAAAGCGGGCCAGCCUGGCUCGACUCAUAUAAACAGUGUUUGCUUAACAGUUUUUCCUUCAGUAAACUUAGCACUAAAGAAACGAUGGUCGUCUCCCCAGGUUGGGCUCAAAUUGGGUAGGGUAGAACAAAGAAUAUCGAGCUUUGUAGUAACAACGCCUCUUGUCUUAAAUGUUUGUCAGGUGGGGGACUUCUUAUUUGCGAGAAGAUUUUAGAUGAAGAUAAACGAGGCCCGAAACGUGCUGUUCUUGGAUCACUUACCAUGAUGGUUGCUACGGGAGGAAAAGAACGAACAGCAUCUGAAUACAAACAUAUCCUGGACAAGCAUGGAUUUAUAGUAACUCAAAUUAAACAAUUACAUCAGUCUUUAUUUAUGGACGCCAUGUUAUGUAUAAAGAAGUAAAGUUCAAUCAGUGAAUCAGUGGUCUCAGCUGUUUCGCCCUAUGUAAGGGAAUCAGGAUUCCGGAAUCCUGUAGAAUCCGGAAUCUUAGAAAAUUUUGCUUGUGGAAUCCGGAAUACAGCUGUAGGAAUCUAGAAUCCCACUAGCGAUUGGAAUCCGGAAUCCAAGGUCCACUGAAAAAGAUUUCAAAUCCAGUAGUGAGAAUCCGGAAUCCAUGGCGUGGAAUCCAGGAUCCAAGACUGUCUUGGAUUCCCUUACAUGAGGCGAGCUGUUUUUACUGCUUACAAUUGGAAGCCGAGAUCUCAAUGCGCUCCGGGCUUCUUCUAGAUUUUCUCGCCACUAGUCCUUUUCGUUUAAAUGUAUUAAUCAUUUUUGAUAUUUUACUAUUACUAUUUGUAAAUGUUACAAGUGGCAAAUGAAUGAAAGAAAAUACUAUAAAAUAAAUAAAGUUCACAGCUACCCGAAAACACCUUUCUUGUCACCCUAGACGCGUCAUCUCUCUACACUACCAUUCCACAUAACGAGGGCAUAGAUGCCUGUCGUCGUUUUCUCAAUAUUAGUAUUUUUGAUAUCUUAGUGGUUAUUUAAUAUUUACUGUUAUUAUUUUUACUUUAUUACCGUGUUGCUCCAACAAGCAGGUAUGCUAAAGUACUUUGACAUACAAACAAAGUUAUUAUUAUUAUUAUUAUUAUUAGUAUCAUAAUUUCCUGUCAUACAUAAUUACAUACACAGUUACAUACAUACGUAUAGUUUAGUGUCAUCACACUUCUUCGCGCCAAGUCAAAAAACAUUACUUUUUACAACUAUUUUUUUCUGGUAGCAGGUGAAUGGUAGUAAAUGAUACUUUCGUACUUUGCUUUAGUUAGCUGGUUAAAGCACACUCAGCGACAUCGUGAUUCAAAAUUUUUUACGAAUAUUGAUCGCUUACUGUAACAAAAUGUAUCCCGUUUCCCGGGACAACUAAGUGUAUAUUAGGAUGAAAAUCUUAGCUGACCAGGUAAAAAAUUCAGCCGAGCAAACGAUAAAAAACAACGACAAGAUAUAUGACUGAAGGGGGGACUUUUCUGACUACCGACUUCCGAUUUUUUUUGAGAAGUUGACUGACGUGGCUCGAAGAGCGAAAUAUAUUUCGAGGAUUUUAAACUUCUAGAACAUUUUUAUUUUUACAUUUUACAUUUCCUAUACGUGCGUCGAAUGUGGUAAAGACGUGAUGUCUUAUUUUGCAAGUAGUUCACGACUUCCGAUCGAAUUCCAACAGAUUACUUCCGAUCGACCCCCAACUUCCUAAUUUUUAAUUUUUGUUUUCAAUUUUCCCAUCUAAACUAUAGUUAGCCUAACAGGCCAUUUGCAUUAAGACAUCAUUUUACUACUACAACCAGAAUCCUUCAUGGUUUUGCUUUCUUGUGCAAAUUAGGGCUUUUGUUAUUUAAACCUCACUGGGAUUACAAAAUUUAAAUAUGAAAGAAAAAACGAAAAGGAUUCUGGUCGUAGUAGUAAAAUGACGCCAUCGUGCAAGUGGCCUAUUCAGGCUCAAGUGAAACUUUUUUACCUCACUAGUUAAGCUCUCUAAAACGUGACCUUAGAGUAACCGUUUUCCUUCUUUUCUUUCUUUCGCUAAGGUUAUGGAGUGCUCGGAGUAUUUUGUGGGGAGGGAUGAAAAACGAGCUCCCCUAAAGCGCCUGCUUGGGAGGCUACGGUAAAGUAAGAUCACUCUAGCUUUUUACAAAUGCAUCUGUAUGAAGCGGAAACUUGUGGUAAAAAUCAAAUACCCGGGGGGCAGGUUUUAAAUGUCAUUGUGGUCUCGAAUUUACGUAUACGACUGUGUUAAUGUAUUGUCUUUAUAUUCGAGUCGGAUUAACGAGCACCUUUGUUUAUGUGCAUUUCUGACCUUCAAAACGUUGAUUGACAAUACACAGAAAAGGCUGAAAAUUAUGACGCAAGUUAAUUACAUUCGCAACUGACCUCUAGUCUCAUGAUCACGCUUUAGUUAAAAGAUGAGCGAGGUUAAAUACAACCCUGAGGGUGGAUCUUGUCCUCUACCAAAGAAGAUUGAAAAAAUUCUCGAUGGUUUCCGAGAGUCUAAAGCGUUGUUCGCAGCUUGUGAUUUUGGGAUCUUCGACAAACUCCACAAUUCGUCGCCACAAUCGGCUAAAGAAAUCACGGAGAAAAUGUCUUCUGAUUUAGACGCCACUACACGACUCUUGGAUACCCUUGUUGCUUUGGAAUUCUUAGAAAAGUCGAGACAGGGCAAUCAGUGGCUGUAUACGAACUCUGAAAUGGCCUCUAAGUUUUUGACAACUUUAAGUCCUCAGUCUCAACUUGGCAUAAUAAGUCUCAUGAACAAGAUUCUAUACCCCCUCCAUGGCAACUUAGAGAGCGCAGUCCUCGACGGGAGUAUGCAGUGGGCGAACGCAUUUGGAAAGUCGCCCGAAGACGUAUUUCGUGAAGCAAUUUACAGCACCGAGGAAGACAGCUUACGAUUUAAUAAAGGAAUGCAUAGCGUGUCAUUCUCUGCAAGCUAUGCAGUGGCUAAAGCCGUUGAUUUAAGUGCCUUUAACAACUGCUGUGAUUUAGGAGGUAAGUCAGAUUUGAAGCCAUAUAACACUUAAUUGUAUUUUUGAAAAUCUUGUCGUUUGACAUUGUUCUUGCAGGGUUACGUCAUCUCAAUCUUGAUUCUUAACAAAUGAUUUUUUUAAGAUACCAUAGGUUUUUUAAAGUCUUCGCAUGGUUAGCAGAGCUGAAAGUGCACUGGUCUGCUGGGUGGGUGGCCCGGGUCCAAAGUCUAAAAAAUAACUGAGGGAAAAGGUACUGAGUACUACCAUUGCCCUUCAAAAAGCAUUUACUAACAAGGGGGCAGAAGAGAAAGCGAAAAAUAUGCGCUUUCUGUGCAUCCCCAAAUUUGCGAGGCUGAUGUUUUGGCAUUUAUGGCCAGUAUUGGUUGUUCUCUUCUCAAAAGUGGCCUUACCUCAUGGGAGAAGCUAAAUCUAAGUGCAUAACGGUCCCGAGGGAAGACUCCCAAAUGAAACAGACGGGGAUGCUCGUCGGAAAAUUUGAAUUUAACCCCUAAAGGAGACCAUCUGGGCGUGGCUCAAACUUUUUGUGACCCCUAAAGCAGACCAAUCCGGGCGUGGCGUAAGAAAAUUUUGACCCCUAAAAGAGACCGCUUAAAAACACACAAAUACGACAUGCAAUGAGUGUUAAUGAUAUAAAGACAUAACAAACAAAGUUAAAAAGAAAAUUUGACUUCUCUUUCUCUUCGAGUAAUUCUGUGUUUCUUCGCGGAACGCUAAACGAGAUCUUGGCGGCUUAAAAUAUUGGCGCUUUGCCUGGAACACCCUAAGCGAGACCAAAAUCCAAAAUUUACACCCCUAAGCGAGACGACGAGCACCCUCGUCUGUUUCAUAUGGGAGUUCCCCCCGGGAUAACAGUUAUCUAACAGCUUUCUUGAUUUUCUUUCCAUGACAUUAUCCAGGAGGAGUAGGAACUCUUGCCUAUGCUUUGUGUCAGUACAAUCCUCAAAUGAGGAUCACAGUCUGUGACCUGCAGCCUGUUGUCAGCUUAACUCAUCACCUCCGACCAUCAGUAGACGAUUGUCCCAAUCAAGCCAACGUCUCUUUCAUGAUAGCUGAUUUCUUCCAGCCUGAAACAAUACCAAAGGCUGAUUUGUAUGUGCUUUCCCACAUCCUUCAUGACUGGCCAGAAGAAAAAGUUGAAUUGAUUCUUGACAACGUCUUCCAUUGUUUACCCUCACGUACGACAGAAAAAAUGUUUUCAAUUAUAUAACCUAAAAGCGCGCGCUAAAUUAUCUAUGCGCUGAUGAGAAGAACCUAACAGAAGCAACAAGUUCAAAUAAAGAAUGGUCGGUGCUUCUUUUUGUGCCCAGAACCGUCAAGAUUAAUACACAUUUCUCUCAGUCAAAUGUAUUUCAAAGUGUCCAUGUGUUGUUUGCAAAUUAUGAAUUGCUUGUUUGCUUGGCGACACCUUAUUCUUUACAAGAGAGAAUGAAUUCUUUACUAGUACUAAAGCAAAAAUAGUUGUGUCUUUAAUUGAAGAUGUGAUCGUCGCAGUGGUAACUGCAAUUUAAGCCGAAUUGCAAAUUAACCCGAAAUAAAUUUCGGGACUUCGACGAGAUUCAAACCCAUGGCCUCUGUGUUAGCGCUGCAGUACUCUACCAACUGAGCUAUCAAGACCCAUCAAUUGGGAGCAGACCAAUUUGUUGAGUUCAUCUUAACCCGUGAAAGGAAUGAAACAUAGAAUGAAGAUGAUAUGGACGGCGAAAAUACAAAUUUUAAUGAAAAUACGAUCGUCGCAUUGUGUCUCUGAGUCGAAUACCCACAAAAGUUUUCAUUACUCGUCUUUUAUCGAUUUCAUAUCUAUUAAUAUUAAUUCGCAGCCAGGUUGCGUUCAAAUUGCUGAGUGCGAAACCGAAUUAAAAAAUAUCGAACUUUGCGGUUUCCGUUUUAUGAUUAUUAUUUAUUUAUUUUUAUUUUUUAUUUUUUCACUUUGAGGUGGGGGACUUCUCAUCUGCGAGAAGAUUUUAGAUGAAGACAAACGGGGCCCGAAACAGGCUCUGCUCCAGUCUCUUAGCAUGUUGGUUGCCACGGGAGGAAAGGAAAGAACAGCAUCUGAAUACAAACAAAUCCUCGACAAGCAUGGAUUUAUAGUUACUCAAAUUAAUCAAUUAGAUCAAUGUCCUUUUAUGGAUGUCAUCUUAUGCCUAAAGAAGUGAGGUUUAUUCAGGGUAUGAACUGAGCUGUUUUUGCCUUUUGUAAUUGAGAUAGAUGUUUAUUCAUUCUCUAAAGAAAGUGAUUACGAGACUGAUUGACAUUCGAGUUCCCCCAACUGGAUUCGAAAC